AUGCCAUACGCUGGACCCAUAGUCAAUCCGCCCGAAAGUGGUAAUGCCCCUUUUUGGCAAUAUGGUUAUGUCCCUUCCCUGCCUAUGGGUAUAAUCGGAGUGACAUCUUUUAUGUUGAUCUCUGGGCCUCAUCUUUGGUGGUUCGUAAAGAAACGAGGAGUCAGAAGUGUACAUUGCCUUUUCUUCUUCGCAUGUCUCAUCGAGGCUUUGGGAUACGGUGCAAGACUUUACUCCCACACUCAUGAGUGGAGUGGAAUGGCAUUCUUACUUGGUAUCGUCGUUGUACAAAUUGCUACCAUACUCAUCACUGCGGGUUUGUAUAAAGCUAUUCAGAGGGGCUUGAAGUACAUGCCGGACGGACAAAGGCUGAGUCCUAUGAGAAUCCGAUCAAUGUUGACUGUAUGCAUCAUCCUUGAUGUCGUCUGGGUUUUCAUGCAGAUUGCAGGUCAAUACUAUUGGUGCGCAGCUCAAGCCUCUGAGAUUGUCGGGAUUAUCCCUACCUUUGCUCUCGGAACCUCAACCUUCAUUUUCUUGGCUGGCAAUGUGUUACAGGCGAUUACUACCAUCAUAAUCUUCGUGUUUUGCAUGGUAAUCCUCAAAAGAUCCUCAAGAGCUCUGACUACUAUCUCACCAGAAACGACUUUACCUCAUAUCAAACCAUUGAUUAUUCAAGUCAUGAUUUCUUUGGGUUUAUUCUUCGUAAGCUUGAUCAUGAGGAUCGCUGAAGGUGCUCAAGGCGCUUACGAAAAUGCUGCAAGUCAUGAAGUAUAUUUUGGUGUAUUCGAAUAUCUUCCUAUCUUCGCUAUAAUCGCUUUAUGGGCGAUCCGGCCAUUACAUAGAUUCAUCUUCCCUUUCGGUCACCCUAGACAUCAUUCUCAAGCUCCCGAAAUUGCGAUUACAUCUGCCAACUCGGCAGCUGAACAGACCACAAAGAUCUAA